AUGAGUUGCGGGUGUGCAUAUGCUUGUAUUCGCUUCCCCAACUCAUAUCGCUGGAUCAACAGACCGUAUUCUUUCAAAUACUUGUUGAAUUAUGGGAAUAAUGGCAACAAGAUUGGAGGUUCCUGGAAAACAGGCCGGUUGGUUUCGAGGCCUUUGGCUAGAAAUUUUGGGGGAGAACAAAAAGAAAUGGGCAAAGACGAAGCCAGUAAAGAUGAUAAGAAGCUGAGGGGAAUGACAAGUAUGAUUGAGGAAGGAAAUUUGGCAAUCCUGUCCUCCUGCUUUGUGGGUCUCCUCACUGGCAUUGGUAUUGUGCUCUUCAACAACGCGGUGCAUGUAAUUCGUGAUUUUUCCUGGGAUGGGAUUCCCUACAGAGGUGCCUCAUGGUUGAGAGAGGAGCCCAUUGAAGCUAUCUGGGAACGAGUAAUUCUAGUACCAUUAUGUGGGGGUUUGCUUGUAAGUGGGUUAAAUGUUCUUCGAGAUGCUUUGCAGAGCCCUGGAGACGGAAACUUGAUUUCUAAUAUAAAGGCUGCACUUCAACCAUUCUUGAAGGCGGUGGCUGCUUGUGUCACCCUUGGUACUGGAAAUUCAUUGGGGCCUGAAGGUCCUAGCGUUGAGAUAGGUGCAUCCAUCGCCAAGGGUGUUAGUUCUUUGUUUGAUAAAAGCUCCAAAAGAAAGGUGUCUCUUGUUGCUGCAGGAUCAGCUGCUGGAAUCUCUUCUGGGUUCAAUGCCGCUUUUGCUGGUUGUUUUUUUGCUGUUGAAUCAGUCUUAUGGCCCUCAACAGCAGAUUCAUCCCUAUCACUCCAAAAUACUACUUCUAUGGUUAUACUCAGUGCUGUAAUAGCAUCUGUAGUGUCAGAAGUUGGUCUUGGUUCUGAACCAGCCUUCAAGGUCCCAGAAUAUGAUUUCCGUUCACCUGGUGAACUUCCACUGUAUCUUUUGCUGGGUAUCCUAUGUGGGUUGGUUUCGUUGGCCUUAUCUAAGUGCACAUCUUACAUGUUGGUAACUAUUGACAAUGUCCAUAAGGCUGUUGGCAUUCCAAGGGCUGCAUUUCCUGUAUUGGGUGGCCUAUCUGUUGGGCUUAUAGCCUUGGCUUAUCCUGAAAUUCUUUACUGGGGUUUUGAGAAUGUUGACAUAUUGUUGGAAUCUCGGCCAUUUGUGAAAGGCCUCUCUGCUGAUCUAUUGCUUCAGCUAGUAGCUGUCAAGAUAGUAGCAACUUCCUUGUGCCGGGCCUCUGGAUUAGUAGGAGGCUACUAUGCUCCAUCUCUCUUUAUUGGUGCAGCAACAGGAAUGGCUUAUGGAAAAUUUAUUACUUUUGCCAUUUCCCAGUCCAAUCCAAUGUUUCAUCUCUCCAUUUUGGAAGUGGCGUCACCACAAGCAUAUGGCCUGGUUGGCAUGGCUGCUACUCUUGCAGGAGUGUGUCAAGUGCCUCUCACAGCAGUUUUGCUUCUCUUUGAACUGACCCAGGACUAUAGGAUAGUUCUACCACUGCUGGGAGCUGUAGGGUUGUCUUCAUGGACUACAUCUAGGCAGGCUAAAAGAAAGGAUGUUGGGGAUCCUGGGAAACUUAAAGAGGGAAAUGCUCAGAAAACAGAUUUAUCUUCCCAUGACCCCAGUGUGCUCUCUUCUAGUUAUUCAGUUGCUGCAAAGGCAUCACAUGCAAGUAACCUUUGUGAAGUUGAAAGUUCACUCUGUGUUGAUGAUUCCAAUAGUGAGACAAAAGAGCUAGAAAAGAGGAUUUUUGUUUCACAAGCCAUGAGAACAAGAUAUGUGACUGUCCUGAUGAGUACAUUACUUAUAGAGGCAGUGAGUCUACUGCUCGAGGAAAAGCAGACGUGUGCAGUAAUCGUUGAUGAUGACCAUCUCUUGAUCGGUUUACUGACACUUGAAGACAUUCAGGAGUUCAGCGAAAGAGAAAAAGCUAGAAUCAGGAGAUCCAAGGAGGUUUUAGUAUCUGAAAUGUGUUCUUUGGAUGGUGAAAAAUGCCGAGUGCCAUGGACAGUAACACCAGGCAUGAAUCUCUUUUCUGCUCAAAUGAUCAUGAACACACUUGGUGUGAAUCAACUUCCAGUUAUCUCAGAUCAUGUUGAAGAUCACAAAGGGCAUCCAGUUGGCCUCUUGGACAGGGAAUGCAUCAGCCUUGCUUUCAGGGCAGUAGCAGCCAGAGAAUACCUGAGCUAUGUUUCCACACCAGAAAAGGCAUGAUCACUGAUUCAGGAUCAAAGUUUGUCUUGGUAUUAAUAUCAUUACUGGCCAAGGCCAUAAGAAUUGCUCCAAAGAAGGCAUCGCCUUAUAAGCUAAAAAGAUUUCACGAUUGUGGAAUCCAUCUCCUGCAGGUAAGCUUCACAUUUCAGUAAUCUGGUUCUGCACAGUAGGUCUGAUCUCGCGCUCAGAAGAUCACUGAUUAAGGAAGAUUGGUUUAGUGCAUUGGGAUUGCAAUGCAGAAAUCCUAGAGGAACAAUAUUCUUGAAGGAUCUGAAGAGAAGAAGAGAAAAGUGAAACCCAUCUUAAUCAUCCUCAUGUGAAUCCAGCCACAGAAAAGUUGGCUUUCAAUAUACUCCUAAAGCUUUUUGUAAAACUUUUUGAGGAAACAAAUGAUCCCUUUUUUUGACUGCAUCAGGAGCUAAUUCACUGGUUUCAUGGCCUUGUGUUUUGAGUUUUAUUUUUGUUUCAUCCACUUGUGUUGGGAGUUUUGAUUUUUUGUAGUUGACAUAGCAAAUCAAAACAAUGUAAUUACAGAGUCAUGCAAAUGUAAGAUUAUCAUCUUUGAAUGUACAUAGCCUGAAAAGUUUUAAUUUUCUUGAA